AUGUCUCCCGUGACACGCUCUGGCUUUAGUGCUUUGUAUGGCCUGCGUCACCCAGUGAUCAACCCUAUCAACCAAAAAUGCACCACGGUUCCUGUUUUCUCGUUGAACAAUCAGUACUCCCGCAAUUUCCAUUUGUCAUGGCUUGGAUUUUUUGUCGCCUUCCUAUCUUGGUUCGCAUUCUCCCCUCUCAUUCCAGAUGCCAUCAAGACCGACUUGAAGCUGACAUCUGCGGAAGUCGGGAAUUCGAAUAUUGUUUCGCUGUGCUCCACCCUCAUUGUACGAGUCAUCUCAGGCCCACUCGUCGAUCGUUAUGGACCUCGCAAAGUUAUGGCUGGUCUUCUCAUUAUCGGCGCAAUCCCUUCUGGCCUUGCUGGAACCGCAUCGACUGUAAAUGGUCUUUACAUUGUCCGUUUCUUCAUCGGAAUUCUCGGCGGCACAUUUGUAUCUUGUCAGGCUUGGAAUACCGUCUUCUUCGACAAGAAUGUUGUCGGUACAGCCAAUGCAUUGGGCGGAGGCUGGGGUAAUUCGGGCGGCGGCUUCACGUUUAUCAUCAUGAUCGCUCUCUUCAAUCAAUUACUUGCUGACGGUAUGAGUCCGCACGUCGCCUGGCGCGCGGCAUUUGCAAUCGUGCCUGUGCCGAUUCUCCUUUCUGUUGCUGUCGCCACUCUGAUUUUUGGCACUGACCACCCCGCGGGCAAGUGGAGUGAUCGUCAUAAGGUUGUCGCUCCUGCUUUUGACGGUCAAGCGAUCACCAAUAGCAACAAUACAAAUACCAAGUUUGGUGGUCAUUUCGAAACCGGUGACGAGAAGAACAUUCAGGUCACCAUCAGUGCUAUAAGUGAUGAGAACAUAGUUUCGGAAUUGGACACUGCUGUCAACAAACCGGUUACCCUGAACCUUGCGUACGAAGUCAUCUCAAACCCGCUGACCUGGCUGCCCUCAUUGGCUUAUAUGACUACUUUUGGCUACGAACUUGCUAUUGAUGCCAACCUGGCUAAUGUUCUGUUUACGCUACUCAAGUCACCCACUUUUGGGCAGACCAAGGCCGGUUAUAUUGCAGGCAUCUAUGGCCUCCUUAACGUGUUCUCGCGGCCGCUGGGCGGAUAUUUUGGAGACCUCAUAUAUAUCCGGUUUGGUGUGCCUGGAAAGAAGUACCUGACCAUCGCCUGUGGAGUCGCCCAAGGGCUUUUGUCCCUUGGUCUUGGCCUUUACAUUGACAACCACUCUGAUCCAUCCUUGACGGUUAUCAUUGUGAUUUUUGUCAUUGUCGCAAUCUUCAACGAGGUUGCCAAUGGAGUCAACUUCUCCCUCGUCCCACAUUGUAAUCCAAACUCCAAUGGAUUCAUGAGUGGAAUUGUGGGUGCCAUGGGCAAUCUCGGUGGGAUACUCUUUGCGAUUAUUUUCCGCUUCGAGCCAUCUCCUGCCGGCAAGGCAUUUUGGAUUUCUGGUAUCAUCGCAAUUGGCGUGAACCUCCUACUCUGUGUUAUCCGCGUACCUCAGUUUUGA